AUGUCCACAGAAAGCUCAAGUACACGACAGCUUGUUGACAGGGACCUGGAAGCUGCCACAUCGAUACCAAGCCGUUUCUCGUCGACAUUUGUCAACCAUGUGUCCCACAAUCAACGUGCCCAAAGCACGCCCUUGGAACUCACGACCGGUACCGGCUACCACAUAUACACCUCUCUCAUCAUCCCGCAAAUCCUGUCAGCCACACAAGAGGUGAUCAUCGUCACAUGCUUCUGGGCCGCAUCUGCGACACGCGACGCGCUACACAAUGCUCUUUUGGAGCUCUCAGCGAAAGCAGUCGCCGCGCAGACCAAGAUAUCGGUGCACAUUUGCUUCUCAACGUAUUCCUUGGCGCGGAACAUGCUGCUGCCGACAUCCAAGAAGGGACAGAAUUACAAACCAUCGAAGUGGCGGAAGCUGGGACUGCCGCGCUCGUCCAGGAUCCCAGGGCUUGUGCUUCGUGUAACUCGAAAGUUCGACUGGCCGUUUGGGAUCAUGCACAGCAAGUACGUGGUUAUUGACCGGAAACUCGCAAUCCUGCCAUCGUGCAAUGUUUCGUGGGAGCGUUGGCUCGAGGCCGCCGUUCGUAUACAAGGUCCUGCUGUUGCGCACCUGCUCAAGUUUCAUGCCUGGUUCUGGGAGAACGGCGCAUCACUCAAGCCACUGCCUCUCGAUGAAGGGUCUGGUGGUGCUUCAACACUGAAUGGCCGAACUUCAGCACUCGAAUCGUCAGUUCAAACGACCAUUCUGCCGAGCCCGCACACGCCUUCGCUCCUCCCACCACAUCUUCGUCCGUCUACCUUGCUUCAUCAGCUGCCUUGUCUUCCGUCGCGUCCGCCUAGUCAUCCACCAACACCUCUCCUCACCACAACGUCGCACCUCCUGUCCACGGCCCAGCACAGCAUCUUUCUAACCACUCCGAAUGUCACCGCUCCCAGCGUCCUCGCCCUAUUGCGCAAUGCACUCUCACCGCCUCGCAAACUCGACGUCACGAUCUGGACCAACACAUCUCUCAUGACGCUGGAGCAACUCAAGCUGGGCAAGCUGACCAUACAUUACUUCGACGACCCGUCGCCCACUCGACCUGGACCAGGAACACGCAAUGCACGUAGUGUGGAGGCUGCCUCGCAUGGCAAAUCGUCGACACUUCUCGAUCGCAACAAAGAGACCACGCCGAUCAGAUUACAUGCCAAGAUUACGAUCGUCGAUGGUGACAAGCUUCUGCUAGGUUCGUGCAAUAUGGAUGCGGCGUCCUGGGGCACCUCGCAGGAGCUGGGCAUUUUGAUGGAGUCGAGGGAGUUGGUCGAUCUGUUACUUGAGCGCGAGCUGAGAGAGAAGCUUGUGCCAUGA